CGGAAGAUAGUCCCGUUACCUAUUUUAUUUAUUUAAUUAAUUUGUUGACGACAGGUAGUUGCAUUGUUAAAAUUAAAUUAAAUUAAUAAUUUAUGAAAUUUGAAGUUUGAUAAUCUGUGCUUAGACGUCGACUCCAAGCUUGGAACCACAGCGAUCUAUUACUCACUGCAACUUCCCCUUUCUUUCUCUGUUCUCCCUCGUUUUCUUCUUCUUCUUCUUCUUCUUCUUCUUCUUCAACCUCUCUAAUUUGUUGUUUUCUCUGCAUUUCACUCCGCCAGGACUUUCCUCUUUACAUUUUCAAGGUAAACUUGCUGUCCCUCUCUACUUUUUCUUUAUACGUUCUUCUCCGAUUGACUGUUGAGGUUCUCAGUGCUUCUUCUAUGGAACGAUACAUUGUUUUUGGAUCUCCUUGUGUUUUCCGUCGCCGGAAUUUCCUACUCGAACAACGCGGCGUUUUGUUUUGUUUUGUUUUUUUGUUUUAUACUUGUUAAAAUUUCGAGACAUUGUACCUGGUGAAGUGCGGAUGAAUUGUUUGUUGUUUCUGUUCAGUCUUCCAUUUCCUUUCUGGUACACUUACUAAUUCUAUUUGAGUGUAGCGUUUUUUUUUUUUUUUUUCUUUUUGAGAAAAUGUUUUGUUGUGAUUUACGCGGGAUGUGAGUUAGGAUUAUUUAUGUUGGCAUUAUUUGCAGAAAUUGGCUGCCCGAUACUCUUGUGCAUUGAGUUAGUAUUGAAUCGAUAUUCUGCAAUGAAUGCAUGUCGAAACUCUUAUUUAAACUAUAUCCACCAUUUUUUCCGAGAGAUAUCUGUUCUUUAUUAUCAAUUCUUUCCUGUAAAUAUGUUUUCAGAAUUAGUCUCGAGGAACAACGUUUCAAGCUAUUGCCACUUUAGUUUCGAUUAUGCUUUAUGAUGGUGGAGUUUGGGCUUAGAGCUUUUGCCUAUUAGCAAUUGUUCGGUCGCCGGAAUGAAGAAAAGUUAUGGACGGGUUCUGGUUGCAUCCUUUUGUAUGUUGCUGUUGAUGGUUUAUGUUAUCUCGAGAAGUUCAACUCGGCAAAAUUAUUAUGCAACUCGCUCGUUCAAUUCCGUUGAUCCUCUUCAGUGGCUCAAUCCUGCAGUUCCAUCUGUAGUUCAAAAUCCUGAAAUUGCUUAUCAAGUGAUUACUGCCGACUCCAUAAUAUCCAGUCUCUUCACUCAGGGGAAUUUUACUAAUGAAGAGAGACAAUAUCUUCAGACUUGGAAUCAUUUAAGAAGCAUUACUAAUUAUACCCGAGGGUUGCCUAAUGCAGUAGAGGCCAUCAAGGAAGCAGGAGGUGUAUGGAACAAUCUCAAGACUUCGAUCGAAAAGGAAAGGCUUGGUUCUACAAAUGAAAGUGCACGUGCAAAAGAGAAGCAAUGCCCUCAUUUUCUGACCAAAAUGAAUGCAACGAAACUUGACAACAAUGGCCAUAACCUAAGAAUGCCUUGUGGCCUUACUCAGGGUUCUUCCAUCACAAUCAUUGGAAUUCCAGAUGGUCUUCUUGGUAACUUUCAAAUUGACUUGACAGGGGAACCACUGCCUGGGGAGCCUGAUCCAUCCAUCAUUUUGCAUUAUAAUGUUAGGCUUUUGGGAGAUAAGUUAACUGAGGAUCCUGUAAUUGUCCAGAACACCUGGACAGUUUCUCAAGAUUGGGGAGAAGAAGAGCGAUGUCCAUCCUCUGUGUCUGACGACAAUGGAAAAGUGGAUGAAUUGGAAAAAUGCAACAAGAUAGUAGGUAAUGUCGAAACUCGACUUUCUGAAUUGAACAAGAAUUUCAACAAAUCAAAAUCUACGGUGCAAGGAGCUAAAGCAAAACCAUACUUCCCCUUCAAACUUGGGCAUCCAUUUGCUGCUACACUUAGAGUUGGAGUAGAUGGAAUCCAGACGACAGUCGAUGGAAAGCAUGUUACAUCUUUUGCUUACCGUGAAACUUUGGAGCCAUGGCUAGUCAGUGAAGUAAAGAUUUCAGGAGACUUGAAAUUAAUUUCUGUCCUGGCAAGUGGUUUACCCACAUCCGAGGAUUCAGAUCAUAUUGUUAAUAUAGAAGCAUUGAAAUCAAUUCCCCUCUCUCCGGAUAGACCAUUAGAUCUUUUCAUUGGUGUUUUCUCCACAGCAAACAAUUUUAAGUACCGAAUGGCCGUUCGUAGAACGUGGAUGCAGUAUCCUGAAGUACGGUCAGGGUCUGUUGCAGUCCGCUUUUUUGUUGGGUUGCAUAAGAACCAAAUAGUCAAUGAGGAAGUGUGGGAUGAGGCCCGAACAUAUGGUGACAUACAGAUGAUGCCUUUUGUUGACUACUACAGCCUUAUUACAUGGAAAACGUUGGGUAUCUGCAUCUUUGGGGCAGAAAUUGCUUCAGCAAAGUAUAUCAUGAAGACAGAUGAUGAUGCCUUUGUUCGAGUGGAUGAAGUUUUAGCUUCUUUAAACAGGAUCAAUGCACAAAGUGGAUUGCUUUAUGGACUCAUCAACUCAGAUUCUCAACCUCACAGAGACCCUGAUAGCAAGUGGUACAUUGGUACGGAGGAAUGGCCCGAAGAGAAUUAUCCAACAUGGGCCCAUGGUCCUGGGUAUGUAGUGUCUAGUGACAUAGCUAAGACGAUAUCCAAAAAGUACAAAGAAGGCAGCUUAAAGAUGUUUAAAUUAGAAGAUGUAGCCAUGGGAAUCUGGAUAGAAAACAUGAAGAGAGAGGGCCUUGAUAUUCGUUACGAGAAGGACGAGAGAAUUCAUAUUGAAGGCUGCAAGUAUAAUUAUGUGGUUGCUCACUAUCAGGGACCUCAGGAGAUGCUCUGUUUGUGGCAAAAACUUCAGGAAGGAAAUGGUGUUAGAUGCUGUGGUCCUGAUAACUAAGAUGACUUGUGUUCUAAGCAGCCUGGAAAUUGAGUAGCCAUGCUGACGAUCACAAACCAGAUAGACUAAACAACCAUACCAGGAUUGAUCCCCUGAAAGAGAAGAGGUAACAUGAGAAAUUUUACACCCUCUUAACAAUUGCUGUAUAAUUAGGUGUUACGGUAGAGAAGAAUAUUUAGUAUAGAGUUGCUUGAAAUUUUGAACAUUUCAAGUAACCGAGAGAGAUGUUAGAAUGAGCGUUGUAGCCUGCACAGUUAGUAUAUAGUAACAAUAGCUGAUCAAUUGAAUUUUA